AUGUGCCCCGCUCCUGUGCCAGUUAACCUGGCAGUGAACAACAGUGAACCAGGUAGUGAACCUGGCAGUGAAUCAGGUAGUGAACAUGACAGUGAAGCAGGUAGUGAAACUGAUAGCGAAUCAGGAACUGAAUAUGAUAGUGAACCAGUCUGUGAAUGCGACAUUGAACACGGCCAUGGAUCAGACAGUGAAUCAGUUAGUGAACACGACAGUGAACCAGAUAGUGAACACGACAGUGAACCAGAUAGUGAACACGACAGUGAACCAGAUAAUAGUGAACACGACAGUGAACCAGAUAGUGAACACGACAGUGAACCAGAUAGUGAACACGACAGUGAACCAGAUAGUGAACACGACAGUGAACCAGAUAGUGAACACGACAGUGAACCAGAUAGUGAACACGACAGUGAACCAGAUAGUGAACACGACAGUGAACCAGAUAGUGAACACGACAGUGAACCAGAUAGUGAACACGACAGUGAACCAGAUAGUGAACACGACAGUGAACCAGAUAGUGAACACGACAGUAAAUCAGGCAAUGAACACAACAGUGAAUCCGAAAAUGAACCAGUGAACACAAUGAACCAAGUAGUGAGCACAACAGUGAACCAGGCAGUGGAUGCGACAGUGAACACGAAGUGA